AACGAAAAGUGAGAUUGAGGUUAGCAGUGCAGAGCGUCUGUCAGUUUGGAAUGUGUAGAAAUUUAUUGAAAAUCUUUAUAUCAGUUGUAUUUCAUUGUUUGAAGAGUGUGAUCUUGAGAAUCGGAAGUCCUCUGCUGUGCUCUGGCUCUGGCGAUGUCUGGAGAGUCAUCCAAGGUUGCAAUCCCAGACUGGUUCCUUAACUCCAAUGUGCAUCAGCUGGUCCGGAGGUUCAUUAGGAAGAGCUACCCGCCCGCAGAGAGAGUUGAUAAGAAUGUCUUCGCAAAGGAGCUGCAGAGAUUCUACAACGCUUACACACUUUCCCCAACAUCACGGAGAAGUCCUAAAUUGAGCUUGCACAAGCUUGUCAUUAAGCCUCCUGAGCCUUCGCAGACGGAUCAGUACCUGCUCUUCAAGCACCAGAUAUUCACAGAGUGCUCAGUGGAUUUAAGCAAGAGAAACUAUUGGAUGCAGUGCGAACGGAAAGUCUACGAGGCGAUGUCGCGGAUGAACGAGGACAUCAGGAGUGGGAAAGCAUUUCCCCAGAGGGAUUAUUUCACUAAAUUGACGCGUUUAACAUUUGAUCAAAAUCGAGAGAUGUUUCUGCAAAAAGCUGGACUUGCGAAUACAAAUUCCAACACCUCGACGGUGAAGAAGAAGUCGACAGCUGCUCCGCUGUCCGUGCUUUUGCGCAGGAAAGAACUUGAGAGGAUGCAAGAGGCAAAAAAUUAUUUCAUGACCCUCAGGAGUUCUAAAAGAAGGGCUCAGAACUCACCCGAAGAUGUAGCUCCCAAAAGAACCUGCAGAUAUCUCACAAGGAGCAGAACGGCUAAACCUGCUUUACGAUUUGAGCGAGCCACUAGUUCCGGAAACGUCAUUAGUCAGGAGGAAAUUUUUGUGGCUUCACAGACAACGAAGGAAAGUACUAAAUUAGAUCACAGCUACAGUGUGAGGAAAAAGAGAUCAUCGGCGGCUCCUCUACAAGUGAAAUUGCGACGAAUUGCAAAGGCGAAGAACAGGGGAAUGAAUUGUGCCUCAGAAGAGAAAGAAAACGUCUCAAUUGAUACUGAUCAGAAUAAGAGAGAUGAUGUGGAAAUUAUCAUAGAAUCUGAUGAAGAUGCUCAAGCUAUACACAAUUUUUAUAAUACUUCUGUGUUGCCUGAGAGUUUUGUGCUCUCCAAGCGUAAGAAAUCUAAGAGUUCCAAAAAAGCAUCGAGGAAGAAGUCGCAUGAGUGCAUCGAUCUUGUUUCCAUGACUUCUGAAGAGACAAUUGCGCCUGAAAUUCACAUAGUGACGAAGAAGAGGAGGAGAAUUCUUUCAGAAAGCACUCAGGAAUCCGAUGGUGGAAAUUCAGAGAAGAAUCCAAAUAAUAUUCAUGUCGUAGAUUUGUGUGAGGAAAGCUUAGAAGGUGUUUUUGAUGAACGAAAAUUUGAUGAUUUCCUGUGGUCUGAGAAUUUGGAGUGCGUUGAGAAAUCAAAGACGUCCAAAGAGACCUCAAACGAGAAGUCGCCUGAAAAGUCUGCUGAAAACUCUUCGCAAUCUGAUAACAACGCGAGCUCUAGAGACAUCUUCAGCUUGGAGGAUACUCCUGCCAUUCCCAAGAGGAGAAAGAACGUGCAGAGUUCUGAAGUUGUGCCUUCCGUUCGGCAGAAAAAUGUGUUUUUAGAUCACAGCUACAGUGCGAAAAUAGUCACACCGGCACCGCGCAGUGUGAAACUGCGGCAAAUUGCAGAAGCAAAGAAAAAGGGGUUGAAUUGUGACGCAGAAGAAGCUCUCUUGUUCGAAUCUGGCCAGAACGAAGUGACCGAUGACUGCGGAGGUAGUUCUGAAGGUCCGCAAUUCCUGAAAGACUUUUGGAAUGCCAGCUAUAUACCUGAAAUCAGCGAUGAUGAUAUCAACAGCAGUAAUGUCGAUGAGACUCAAACGGAUGAUGAUGAAAUCGAGGUGUUUCCCGUCACCAGCACUCAGGCAGUGGAUGAGGAUAUUUAUCAUGUUGUACUAAGGGCUGAUGAUCCCGAUGUGGCCACGAUGGGUCAUGAUGCCAUCGAGAGAAGACUUAUUGGCGGUGAAGAAGCUAUUGAGCUUUGUCUUCCCACGCAGAUAGAGGAAACCCAAUGCAUUCCUGAGCUUGAGAUGGAGUCUGGGAUCAUGGAGGCAAAUAAGAGGGCAACUGAGCAAGAGAUUCCGAGCCGUGAUGUCUCUCAGACGACUAAUAAUCCACCGGAAUUGCUGGACGAAGAAGAGAUUGCUGGGGAAUCACAAAAUGAGUCGACAACAGAAUUCGAAAUAAAUCGCAAAAAGAUUGGCAAGGACCAGAUCACCGAUCUCAUGAUGCUAAUGGAGAUUCUGCACUCCUUGCCGCUCUACGAUGAUAAUGACAGUGACGAUGAUGUGGAAGAGAUUUGGAGCAAUGAUGCGGAAAGCCUUUGCGUGAUUUAUGUGGACAAGAUGAGCCAAAGUUCUUUGUUAUCGGAUCAAUCCCAGGAUCCACUCCGAAGUGAUUUCAGCCAGUUGCUUGAUGAGUUAGUUGAUGCAUAAUACUCAAAUGUUUCAGCGCACAGAAAGUACAAAAUAAAAAAUUGCUCAUAUUUUUAAUACAA